AUGAGAGCUUCUACCUCUCCUUCUCAGAUAGCAUCCAUUAUCAGUGCUGCCCCCUCUGACCUGGAGGAGUGUGGACAGUCUGUGUCUGACCCUGAGCACCUGAAGAUCCUCCUCCAGCACCAGAACCUGCUAAAUAAGAUUCAGUUGGUACCUGUCACGUCCUCUGUAGGGGACUGUGUGCUGUCCUCGCUGUCUUUCCGCUUAACCUGUGGAAUGCAGUCCAUGCAGACAGAUUUUGACGAACCAGCGGAAUCAUUAGAAGCCGCUCUAAGCAUCAUGAGCCCUGCCUCCUUCAGUGACUUGGAGGAUCUGGGAAUGAUGUCAGUUGAAUCGGAACACGCUGGAGCAGUAACUACUGUGGAGAGAGAAGAGCAGAAUGCCAGGGAUAACGGAGGUCUGGUGAAAAAUUCAGUACUCGACAGUGAAGAAGACAAUGCACUGUCAAAGAACGACAUAGUCUCACCUACUCCUCAAAGUCUCGACGAGUGCGGCAAGUGCUUUCGGAGAAAGGUUGGCCUUCAGAAUCACCAUCGCGUCCACACGGAUGCAAGACCAUACAAAUGCACCAUCUGUGGAAAGGGUUUCACGCAAGUACAGUACUGCAAAAGACACAUGGAUUGUCAUACAAGUGAGAAUACCUAUUUCUGUACUCAUUGUCCGAAGAGUUUCCCAACCCAAUUCCAGCUGUCCGCCCACCAGCGCUGGCACACCAUGGACCGCCCGUACGCCUGUGAGCAGUGUGGGUUGCGCUUCUUUAUGCCAAGCUUGUUAAAGAGACACAUGGGCUAUCACAUCGGGAACCGCCAGUUCCUGUGUGCCCAGUGCGGAAGGACCUUUGUCUAUGAGUUUGACCUAAAGAGACACCAAAAAGACCAUGACCCCAGUCCCAAACUUCCCUGCCCCGUCUGCCAGARGWUGUUUGGCAACAACAGCCUACUCCAGGCCCACAUACGCAGGCACUCUUCAGAGAAACCUUACAGAUGCGACAUAUGCGACAAGACCUUUAAAGACAGCGGGGGCCUCCGCAUACACAAGCGGGGGCUGCACUCGAACGAACGCCCUUACAGCUGCGACGAGUGUGGGAAGACCUACAAACUACACACACACCUAAGGGAGCACAAGUUUAAACAUACGGGGGAGGGCCACACCUGUGGCCAGUGUCGAAAAGCCUUCAGGUACCUGCGUCUCCUGAAGGCGCACGAGCGGUCGCACUCCGAGCCAUCUGAGCUCACACGGCGAAACAGUCACACCAGCCGUCGCAGGAGACAUUCCUCCAAAAGGAGUUGAUUUUCUCACAUCUGCACACCCUUUACUGUGGCUACAGUAAUAUACAAUAUUCAACUUUGUCAAUUCCAUGUCAUUAGCUGUAGGGCAGCCCAGGGUUCCUCUGUGUUGUCUUAGGAAUGCUGCAUUAUCCCACCAUUCCCCCAUUCUGUCACAUCUCUGUGGUGGUGAGAUAAUUGACUUGAAUGGCGAAGAGGAUCUCUGCUGUUCAGGACUGCUGCUCACUGAGUUUAGCUUCCUCCCUUCCUCUAUGAUCCUCCCUCCUCUGAUCAGACAUACUGGGACUAUACAGGCCCUUAUUACAUGAUACACAGCAUAUCAAGUACAGGUUCUAAAGUCAUUUCAAAUCAUGGGAUGUCAUACAUGGUCUAUUUUGGGAGGUACCAGCUUUGCAGUCCUAACAGCCAUGCAUACGAAACCGGUUGUGCGUCUGAAGGCUCCCAGAAAAUCUGUGGACUUGCAAUUCAUAUUGUGAAUCUGUGGAACUAUGUUCAGUGAGGUGUGUUAGGUAAACCAGUGAAACAACCACUGUCAGGUGCAGUAUGCUCUCAAGAGAACGUGGUUUUAAUCUCUUGACUUGGAUCAGGAUUGGGGGUCAACUACAUUUUAAUUCAGGAUCUUGCUAAUAGAAAAUAAUUUCAGUUACUACCUGAAUUGACUGAAUUGAUAUGUCGUUGACUCCAACCCUGGUUUGGAAACAGUCUCAUGGCUUCUCUCGCAGUAUAAUCAUCAGUGUUUGAUAGUCACAUGUACAGGUUUGCAGGUGUAAUUGCGGGGUACAGUGACCAUCUUAGGGUCCAAACUCCAACAGAGUGUAGUUCAAUUUGUGCUUCUUGUUCUAUCGCAAUGUUCUUGUUUAAUUCAAAAGCUYAUAGGCUACAUUCAUUUGUGGUGUUUAUUUUGGACAUAAAACAGUCUCCAAAGAAAUGUGUUCCACACAUUUCCUGUUCUACAACAUUUAUUUCCUGUAGCUGCCAUUUAAACCGUCAGAGACAGUUUUUUCUUCCAGAUGCAGCAUUACCCUUCUUGUAGGCACAUCAGAAAUUGUGUGAACAUACGUGUUAUGGCUAUGCUGGAGUUGGCAUUUAUAUUUUUUUAUGAAUCAUGAGAUUUAUCCGGUUGAUGUCAGUUUGCCUCAUCAGUCUUUUGACAUCAACAAUAUUUUGUGGUAUGCAAUACACUAAGUUAAUAUUGUUUUAAGUUAUAGCUAACAAGAUUGCAACAGAUGUCUGUAAUUUUUCUGUGUUAAAUGUUGGUUCACUCCAAAAUAUGAACGACUGACUAAUAUCUAUUUUUGAAUGUAUUUCACACAUUUCUCUGGCAAAAAAAUAGUCAAACUACAAACUAAGAACAAACAAAACUAMGAAAACAUGUGCGCACAUAUGCGUUAUUCUGGAAACUGUAAGCAUCUACCUGUGAGGGAAAUCUAAUAGGCUAGGUCAUACAUUAUUUAUUUGUGCGUGGCRAAAAAGAGCUACGGUACCCUACUGUACUGCAAUGCAGGUCCGACAGAAUUCCAGCCGUCUUUGUGAAAGUAUUUUUGUUUGUAAUACAGGAAUACGUUAUUUUUCAGAAUUGAACAGAUUACAUUUUGAUCUUGUUGAAUGUUGUUCUCCAACUCCCAAUCCCACAUAUUUUUGUUUAAUCUCAUGUCAUUCCUCAUGCCGUGUGUUCCUAAGAGGAAGGGCAGUGAGUCUGAUAGUCAUUUAUUUUGAAAAGUAUGAAUUCCUAAUAAAUAACACUAUUACACAUGACUUAAAUGGUUAUAACAACUAUGAAUGCAAUCACAUGCAUUCCUCAUACGAACAAAAGGUCAGGAUUCAAUUAAAUCGACAGUAGGCUUAAGCCUUGUUCGCCAACAAAGCACAGCCUUUCUGGUGGAAGAGCUUAUCAAAUAACUGAUUGGCUGCUCUUUCGGUCAUUGUCACGAAACCACACCCGUGCUUAUCCCACCCAUGUUUACGUUCUGAACAAGAAAGUGAAGGCUAUAUAAAAAAAAUGACACUCAAAUUUAUGAUAGGGAUUUAUAUCAAACUAAUUGAGGUGUAGGGGCUCCCGAGUGGCGCAGCGGUCUACGGCACUGCAUCUCAGUGUUGGUCUGAUUUGUUAUUGUUACCCAUCUACCGAUCACUGCCCUUCUUUUUGAAAGCCUCAUAAAGCUCCCAAGUCUUUGCAAUUGAAUUUGUGCUUGAAAUUCAACGCAUGACUGAGGGACCUUACAGAUAUUGUAUGCAUGGGGGAAAGAGGAAGGGUAAGUCAAUAAAACAUGUACAUUUAAAUUUUUCCCACACAGAGUGAUUCCAUGAAACGUAUUAUGUGAUUUGUUAAGCCAAAUUUUACUCCUGAACUAAUUUAGGCUUGUCUGAACAAAGGGGCUUCAUACUUACCGUAUGCAGCGACUGUAUUUUAGUUAUCAAAUUUGUAUUGAUCUUUACAAUGUAAAUGUAAUGUAAAUUACAAUGUAAAUUUUUACAAUGUGACAUUACAGAGUAUUUUGAGUAGAUUGUUGACAAAUAUAUUUUAAUUGCACUUUGUAACAAUAAAAUGUGAAGAAAUCCAAGGGGUAUGAAUACUUUUGCAAGGUACUAUAGAUGUUUGACUGAUUAAAUUCUUGAUUGCUGUUU